GCACAGUGUGUGCGAAUCGUUUGAGCUGCCAUCCAUCAAAAAGUGCAAAGAGCUGAAAAAUAGAUCCACAGUUCAUUGCGCUUUUUUCCGCAUUUGUAAUUUUCGUCGGAAAAGUCGAUCGUGCUCGCGAGGUUAGGAGUUGUGUGGCUUAGCUCCAGUACUUCUUGAAAAAGCAGAAUCCCGAAUUUGUUCCGUAACCUAUAGAAGGAUAGAAGUGCAUCAAGCGAGGAUCGGUCAUCCGUAGGAGGAGCAGGUCGAGGAAAAAAGGCAGUGUUAAAAAAACAAGCAGACGAAGAUGGAAGCUCUUAUACCGGUGGUGAACAAGCUGCAAGAUGUAUUCAACACAGUCGGAUCGGACGCAAUUCAGCUGCCCCAGAUCGUCGUCCUGGGCAGUCAGAGCUCCGGCAAGAGUUCCGUCAUCGAGAGUCUCGUCGGGCGAACGUUUCUCCCCCGGGGCACCGGUAUCGUUACCCGGCGGCCUUUGGUUCUGCAGCUGGUUUACACGCCACUCGAUGACCGGGAGCAUCGUUCCGCCGAUCAGGGCACGGUCAGCGUUGAGGAAUGGGGCCGCUUUCUACACAUAAAAAACAAGAUCUUCUCCGAUUUUGACGAGAUUCGGAAUGAGAUUGAAAACGAAACGGAUCGCAUGGCCGGCAGCAACAAGGGUAUUUGUCCGGAACCGAUCAACCUGAAGAUCUACUCGACAAAGGUGGUCAACUUAACGCUGGUGGAUUUGCCGGGUAUCACGAAGGUACCGGUCGGCGAUCAGCCCGAGGAUAUUGAAGCGCAAAUCAAGAAUCUUCUGGUGCAGUACAUUGAGAAUCCGAACUCGAUCAUCUUGGCAGUGACGGCGGCCAAUACGGACAUGGCGACCAGUGAGUCGCUGAAGAUGGCGAAGGAUGUAGAUCCGGACGGGCGGAGAACUUUGGCGGUGCUGACCAAGUUAGAUUUGAUGGAUGCUGGCACGGAUGCCAUUGAUAUCCUCUGUGGCAGGUUGAUUCCGGUAAAGUUGGGUAUUAUUGGUGUGGUCAAUCGAUCUCAGCAGGAUAUUAAUGAUAAGAAAAUGAUUGAGGAACAGUUGCGGGAUGAGGCAGCAUACUUGCAGCGGAAAUAUCCGACGCUGGCCACACGAAAUGGAACGCCGUAUCUGGCAAAGACGUUGAAUCGCUUGUUGAUGCACCACAUCCGGGACUGUUUGCCGGAGCUGAAAACUCGAGUGAAUGUCAUGGCUUCCCAGUUCCAGUCUCUGUUGAAUUCGUACGGGGAAGAUGUCACCGAUAAGAGUCAAUGUUUGCUGCAGAUUAUUACGAAGUUUGCAUCAGCUUACUGCUCCACAAUUGAAGGUACAUCCAGAAAUAUUGAAACCACUGAACUUUGCGGAGGUGCUCGAAUUUGCUACAUUUUCCACGAAACGUUCGGCAAAACCUUGGAUUCGAUACACCCGUUGACAGGUUUGUCCAAGAUGGACAUCCUGACAGCCAUCAGGAAUGCGACCGGUCCCCGACCAGCUCUCUUUGUGCCAGAGGUCAGCUUUGAGCUGCUUGUCAAACGGCAAAUCCGAAGAUUGGAAGAGCCUUCCCUUCGGUGCGUUGAACUGAUCCACGAAGAAAUGCAGCGUAUUAUUCAGCACUGUGGAACGGAAGUUCAGCAAGAAAUGCUACGAUUCCCUAAGUUGCAUGAAAAAAUUAUCGAUGUAGUUACGCAGCUGCUCCGCCGGCGUCUGCCGACUACGAAUGUUAUGGUGGAAAAUCUUGUUCAAAUCGAACUGGCAUACAUCAAUACGAAGCAUCCCGAUUUCCACAAGGAUGCUGCUCUGGUUCCAAGCUUGCUGAAAACCGAUUCCCAGGAGCAGUGGUCAAAUUUGCAUCAGCCGGGCAACCCGCCAAGUCGGCGUGCAAUGGCCAGACCUGUUCCACAACCGGCACCAGUCAUGCAACAAAACGAAGUGAUCGAAUCCAAUCACGUAAGCGAGCAGACUUCGAAUUGGUUGUCGAAUAUCCUACCACCGGCAGUCGGACAGUUUACCCCCGGAGCUUUUUCGGAUAGUUUCGGAAACUCGUCGACCAACACUCCAACGCAUGGCGUUCUAAGUCCGUUGAAACCGGUGAAUUUGCUACCGGAUGUUCCGAUUAACCAUUCGUCGAGAAAGUUGACCGAUAAGGAGCAGAACGAUUGCGAUGUAAUUGAACGUCUCAUCAAGUCGUACUUCUACAUUGUGCGUAAAUCGAUCCAGGAUUCGGUACCGAAGGCGAUUAUGCACUUUUUGGUGAACUUUGUGAAGGAUAAUCUACAAUCGGAGCUGGUUACGCACCUGUACAAGUCCGAUUCGGCCAAUGAGCUGCUGAACGAGUCGGAUCACAUCUCGAUCCGCCGAAAGGAGGCCAGCGAUAUGCUUAAGGCACUGACGCGUGCAAACCAUAUUAUCAGUGAGAUCCGUGAAACGCACAUGUGGUAAGACGGUUGGCUGUUGGCACACAUACAAACACGUGGAAGUGAAUCGUCGUUUUUUUUUGCUAUUGAUACCAACACUAUUUGUUACUGUUAGGUAAUGAAACAACUAGAUUUUAAGGGUUGCUCCUAUCCAAGGUUUGUUUUGUUUCGCAUCGCGUGAAUUCCGCUCUCCUGAUCGGUGGCCCUUUGUUACAUUUAUGGAAUGCACUGAAGAAAAGGAUUGUAUUUUAAUAGUGAAACCUAGUGCUAUUACCUUUAAUAUAUUGAUUAACAAAUAACUUAGUUAUCGCAAAAAAAAAACAAAACUUUCACUGUUUAGUUACUGCACCACUUUAAGAAGGAAAUGCGCAUUUCUCUCUGUUCAUUGUUCGACAAGAAAGUGAUGAACAACUCAUUCAUCAAAAACAAGAUAAAACAUCCUAAACAUACAACAAGACUUCUAGUCCGCCGUGUCCAACGAUAUUUCUUUUAUUGCUUUACUACGAUAAGUUUUGCUCAAGUUCUUUCUAAUUUCCUAUACCUACCUAAUAUGUGUAACAGCCAAAGAAGUCCCAUCGAUCCAAGAAGGAUGUACGGUUGACCUUUGAGGCAUGAAAAGACAAAACCUCCUAGAUACUUAAAUAAUUCUGAUAUUCCCAUCUUCAACCUACUGCAUUAUGACAUACAAGUGUUAGGGACUGCAUGCAUGCAUUAUUUAAUACAAAAAAUAGGAAAGCAUUUCAACAUUUGUAAUUAUUGCCUUUGUAAACGACGCUUUUCCCAAUAAUUCUUUCGUCUACUGUUAAUCCUAUCCGUCUGCUGGGAUGGUAACAGAUUUCAAUGUUCGGAAAACUAAGUUCAACAACAAAUAACAAAAGGACUAUUCAACUCAAUGCCGUUGUUAGCUGAUUUUCCAUAAAUUAUAUAACUACCAAUUCCGUGUCUAAAACCACGUUGCACAUGUCUGAAUUGGGUAGCUGAGUAUGGAAAGCAUACGGAGUUAGUAAGUAUCAUUUAUUGCGGUAAGCUCCAAAUCGGAUUAAUUAUUAAUACUGGCUCUGAUUGGAAGAUUUGCCAAAAGUUUGUCAAGGAUCGUCUUGAUUAGCAUCGACGUCGACAACAACACAACCGGACAUUCGCGAUCGGGAUUUAAUCCGAGGAUAAUACCGGUUGGAGCUUACCAUCAUUAGAGUUUAGAAUUAACACUGAUAAUAGAACAAUUUGCACCACUAGAACCUUACAACAGUAAUGGUAUAAUGAUUCAAAGAUAAUCGUAUUAUGAAGAUGAAGAAGAAGAAAAUGUUGAUCUGAAGCUGCGAAGGUGGUGUAAUAUUCAAAGAAUGAAAAAUAUAGUUACACUUCUAAAGCAAAUUUAACAGAAACCAGGAAGCGUUCGUUGCGAAGCAGAGCCAGAAUAAAAUUGUGGAAAAUUGUCAAAAUA